CAUCUUUUCUUUCAAAACAAUCUAAGAUUGUACUUUGAUGUAACAACCAUCCACCCCACUACUACUCCCCUACCCCCUCUCAGCCAUAUAUAUCCUUCUUAAAUUCAUCUAUUUUUUUCCCUGAGUUUGAGGAACAAAACUAAACAACACCAUUCUUAAACUCUCACUAUAAGUUUUGUACAAUUAUUCAAGAUGAGUAAUACUUCCAGUCCUACACCUUGUAGUAGAUCAUGGUCAAUUAGUGAGGACUCGUUGAGAAGAUAUGUGUUUUAUGCAAGUGAAAAUUGCAUCCAAGAGUUGUUAUCAGCUUCAGAUUCAAAAAGUGGGAAUAAUGACGGCUGGAAAAUACUUGGGGUAGAUAACGGCGUGGAGAUAUCGAAACGCCGUUCAGGUUCACUUCACACUUUCCGUAGCCGUUGGUUGCUGAAAUCUGUAUCUCCUCAACAGUUUAUUACUGUGGCUAAUGCCAUUGAUGCUGCUAGGCAAUGGGACAGAGAUUUAGUAGAAGCAAGAUACAUAAAGGAUCUAGAAGAUAACCUGAGUAUUAUACGGCUUAGAUUUGGGGAAAAUUCAAAGCCUCUCUUCAGAAACAGAGAAUUUAUUGUCUAUGAACGUCGUGAAACCAUGGAUGAUGGAACCCUGGUAGUAGCAGUAGCUUCUCUGCCUAAAGAAAUAGCAGCAGGUUUGCACCCAAAGCAAAACAAUGCAAUUCGAGGACUAUUGUUGCAAUCUGGAUGGGUUGUUGAGAAACUUCACGAUAACUCUUGCAUGGUCACUUACGUUGUCCAGCUGGAUCCAGCAGGAUGGUUACCAAAAUGCUUCGUGAAUCGUUUCAACACAAAAUUGGUUAUGAUCAUUGAUAACCUUAAAAAGCAAGUGCUCUCAGCUAGCCCUACCAAUAGUGAUGAUAGUACUUGAUUACUACUCUGUACAAACCCGAAAAAACAACACAAAAAAAAAGCGGAAGAAAAAGUGAGUAAUAUUAUAUAAUUUUGAAUAUAUAAAUAUGAACUUCUUUAAUUUGAUCAUAGUGAAAUCCCUCAUCUCCCUUACCCCAGUCCACCAUUAUGAAAAGGAAAAGGAAAAGGAAAAAAAUCUAUUGCACCUUUAGCAAGGGGAGUGGGGGAGGACCAUGCAUCUUUUUUACUAAGAAAAGUUUUGAAAUAUUGAAUCAUAACAUUUGUAAAUAACCAUUGAUAGCUAUAUAGCAUGAAUGAAUUGGUGGAGUUUCCAAUA